AUGUUCAAAAAUUUCAUUAAAAAUGAGAUAGAUUCAAAGUCAAGUGCUGAAUUGUGUGCAAAGUUCUUCAAGAAUAUCGAAGUUAAGCGAGAAAAGAUGUCUUCUGGUCAGCAGCAACAUCAACCACCACCACCACUUAAGAUAAAAACCCUUAGUGAUAGGAAAAGGGAGCAGAAGUUAAGAAAAACUGGUGUCCAAGCAAAUGAUAAGCAGAAUUUUGUAGAAAAUCCAAAAGUUGCAAAAGAAAAAGGGCAGAAUUUGAAGAAAAGUAAAGUACAGAUGGAAGCAAGUAUGACUCACUCACAAGGAUCAACAUGUAGACAAGAAAAAGAACUUCCUUCUAAAUCUACUGCUGUGGCUCACAAGAAUACUAAUGAAGUAGAUUCUAUAAUGACUCAAGAUUUGAAGAGAAAAGAGACCACAAUUGAAGAUGAUAUUGAAGAGUGUGGCAGCUUGCAAGAAAGGCCAACUAAGAAGGGAAAAACACGUCAAUUUGCUUCAAUGCCGAUUGAUACUUUUCUUCAACUUAACAAUGAACCUGAUGGUGAAGAGCAAUUGGAUAAGAAUGAAGGAGAUAUUAUAGAGGAGCAGGACAAGGAUUAUAUUAAUCCAACUGAGGCUGAGAACAUAGACAAUACUUUGAAAGUGGCAAGGAAUUCAGAUUUUUGUCCAUUAAUUUAUACAAAUUGGAAGGGGAUUAAAGAUAAAGAAGCCAUUUGGGAAUAUGUUCAAGCUAAGUUCAUUAUUCCAACUGAAGGAAAGAUGAUAGUCCUUGCUCGUAUCAAUGACAACUGGAGACAGUAUAAGAUCACAAUCAAGCAAAAUCAUUUUCUGCCAUACAAAUGUGUUAAUGAAAUGCUGAAAAAUCGUCCUAAAUGCAUACCUGAGAGUCAUUUUCGCAAGUUGAUUGCUUAUUGGAGAACUGAGAAAGUUAAGAAAAUGUCUGUGCAGAAUAAGAAAAAUAGGGCACAACAGAAAUUUAGGCAUCAAAAGGGACCAAUAAAUUUUGCAAGAAUACGUGCAAGAUUGGCUGCUUCUAAGGAAAAUAAUGAACCACCUACUCAAGCAGGAAUGUUUGUUGAGACUCGCCAAAGCACAAAGGGAAAAUCAUUGGAUGAAGACACUUUGGAUGUUAUUGCACAUCUACAAGCUGAGAAUAAAAAGUCUAAAGAAUCAGCAAUUAGAGUUUUUCAAUCCAUAUUUGGGAAAGAGAAGGCAGGGAGAGUGCGAUGUCACGGAAGAGUUACGACACCAACUUUGUUGAAGAAAAAUGAAGAAAUUGCCACCCUUAAGCAGCAACAUGCAGCUGAGAAAGCAUCAUUAGAGGGUAAAGUUGAUGUGAUGCAAAAAGAAGUAGAUGAACUAAAAUCGCUUGUUAAGAUGAUGUUGCAACAAAAAAGUUCAGGAGUGGACCUUGAGAUGUUAGCUGCUCAACUAGGAAGCACUUUAGGCAAUCCGAACAAUGAUGCGCAUGAGGAGGAAAACUAUGUUGAAGGGGAAAUCGAACUUGAUUAA